GGCAGCAGGAUCCAGGGUUUAAAGCUUGUUUUAAUGCGAGGCUGCUCCUCGCUGUGAUAACGAGCAGAUGAGACUCACACCUGGAUGCCGCUGAACACCUGAAGCCUCUGUCAUGAAUUUUACUGACAAGCAACAUCUUGUCAUUUUUCUGCUGUUACAUAUGAGAAAGGACAAAACCUGGCAUCUAUAGACGGCAGGGCGUCAACAUGCUGGAAAGUGGCUUCCUCAAGGGUGAUCUAAGGCAGGAAACGGUGAAUGGUGGGAAACCAGCGGACAGCAGGAGAUGUCGGCACCACUUGAUCUUCGUUAUUCUAGUGUUUGGGGCAAUUUUCUUUUUCUAUAGAACAGACAUAAAUAGCAUAGCGCCCAACUGGAACCCCAAAUUGUGGAUGCAGAAUUCCUCGCCAGCAUGGUGGAGUCGAUUAAAAGGUGAAAAUAAAGUCCCACAGAUCAGGACUGAUACCAGCCACAGCAGAUCUACAGUUGAGCCAGUUAAUGCUUCAGCCGCCAAUUUAUCUACAUCAACACAGGAGGCAGACACGACUGCACAAAGCCUCAUUUCUGCUGCGUCAGUGGAGCCAAUACCGGUUCCUUACGUUUCUCCUGGACCCUACUUGGUGGAGUACCCUCACGAGUACCACUUCACCAUAAAUGAGCCUCAGAAAUGUGAGCAGGAGAAGCCGUUCGUGGUCCUCAUGGUUCCCGUGGCUCCUCUCAACCGGCAGCACCGAGAUGUCAUCCGGAGCACAUGGGGAAGCGAGAGGUCGGUGUCUGGCCAAGCGGUGAGCCUUUUUUUUAUUUUGGGGCUGCAGGCCGGAGACGAGCAGCACAAGGAUUGGCUGCUGCAGGAGAGCAAAGAGCAUCACGACCUGCUCCAGGCCGACUUCCUCGACUGCUACAAGAACCUCACCAUCAAGACCAUGGUGAUGGUGGAGUGGCUGAACACUCACUGCUCUGGCACCUCGUACGCCAUGAAGGUUGACUCGGAUACGUUCCUAAAUGUGCCCAAGCUGAUCAGCAUGCUCCUGAACGCUCCGAAGACCAACUACAUGACCGGACUGGUGGUGGAAGGAGCUCAAGUCCUGAGAGACCCAACGUCCAAGUGGUUCCUUCCUGAGGAGCUUUAUCCUGAGUCCUACUACCCUCGCUAUGCUCUGGGUCUGGGCUACGUCUUGUCUUUGGACCUCCCUAAGAAGCUGAUAGAAGCUUCCAGGCAUGUGAAACCUGUUUACAUUGAAGAUGUGCAUUUGGGAUUAUGCAUGCAGCACCUGGGCAUCCCUCUGACCAGCUCACCAAACUGGAACGACUUCAGUGUGAUUCCUGUGCCGUACAACCGCUGCGCUUAUUCUAGGAUAGUAGUGACCACCACUGAUCCAGGCACUGAUCGAGUCUGGGUUUGGAAUGACUUUAAGAAACCGGGGCCAUUCUGCUGAAAAACCACUUAAUUUAUAGAAGUAAUAUAUUAAAAAGAAACAUGGCUGAAUUUUCUCAGCCCCGCUUACCCUUUGUGUACUAUUACUGUACUAUAAAAUAAAUAAAUAAAGUCUGAUAUUGAUGUUUACCUUU